CGCAACAGUUUCUUCUUUUCUUCUUCUCUCUUUUGUGAUUUACGCUGUGUCCGUCUCUCUCUCUCUCUCUCUCUCUCUCUCUCAGAACGAUAAACACCUCAUCGGCACAACCUUUGUGUCUCCUCCUCUUCCCCGAAUUCGGAUCCUCUUCCCCAAUAGACACCCACCCUAUUCGCUAUAGACGAUGCUCUUCAUUUCCCGUACAACCUUUCGAAACUCAUUGGCUUGGGAAAGACCUGCAAUUUUGGUGGCAAGCGAUCGAUUAUGCUCGGUUGCAUCACAGUACGAUUACAUUCUUCAAUUUCUCCAAACCAGAGACCGCAGCUUCUCGCUGGAGUCGAGUCAGGUUGAAUGCUUCCAAGGUUGGUAAGGGUUUGUCCAAAGACACCAAAGCACAAAAAUUGGCUUUCCAACACUGGAUUGAAGCUUCUAUGGGACUACACAAACAUCGUAAUGAAUUUUCUCUGUGGACCCCAAACAUCGGAUAGUUGUUCCACUUUGAAUUUUGAGUGGCUCCGAUUCUUCAAUGUGGUCACCACUGGCAGUGCAAAACAAAGUCUUUUCCAUGAUGAAAACCGUGCCAAUCUUUUUGAGGUUGAGCCUGCGUCUCGGAUGCUUCUUAAUACUGAUAAUGGUACUCCUAUGCCUCAGGUGGGAGGUGCUUUAAGACUACCAUUAAAGAGCUUGAAUAAGAGUUGUAAAGUGUUCCAGGGGGGCAAUGUUGGUCAUCUGCAUAAACUGCUGGGUAUAGAGUCAAGUUCAGAGGUUCUUUAUGUUGGGGAUCACAUAUAUGGAGAUAUUUUACGCAGUAAAAAGGUUCUAGGAGUUGCUGGCUGGGGAGUUGGAGGAAUUGAAGCAGAGGCUAUAAUGCUUGGCCAGGUGCAAAAGAAAAUGCAGCCUCUGCUUCUCCAAAACCUGCUGCUGCUGGUAAUAGUAACUGCAAUGUAUGUACGCCCCCCCAAAAAAAAGAGUAAAUUUUUGAGUUUUUAUUUAUUUAUUUAUGGGUACCUAGAAUUAUGGUUCAACAGUAAUAAUAAUAUACAUUCACAAAAAGAUCGUACACAAGCUGUAUUGAGAUUUUAUCAUUUUUAAAUACUGUGCUCAUUAGUGACCUCCUAAUUACAAUGUCAUUGACACUGAGCUGCUAUGGCAUCUAAUUGUUAACAGGAAAGUUACUUCCAAAAGGAUUAAGAUCAAGCAGAAAUGAUUAAUGCUCCCA